AUGGCCGGCAAAAGUCCUCGAAAAUCCGAAGUUGCCGGCAAGCAGCCAUCAAAUUUGAAGCGGCUGAAACACAGAAGCUUGGGUGGUAAAGCAGCCCCCGUGCUGUCGAAAACAGGAACGCACGCAAGGCCGAGAAGGUUUAGUCUUAUAUAUUCAUCCGACUCGUCUUUGAGUGCCCUAUCAGAUUUGGAAAAUAAGAAAAAGCUGGGAUUCAAAAACCCCAAACUCACAAGAAAGGCCAAACGUGGCGUUAGUAACGAAAUGGGUAAAACUGGAAAACUGAUACAUGGGUCUGUCUUCGAUUCAGACGAAGGUUCCUCUGCCUAUAGCACAGCUAGUGAUAGCGGCGAAAAUGAUGACGAUGAUGACGACGACGACGAUAACGAUGACCCCAAUGGUUAUUCGAGCUCAUCUUCGAGCUCUGACGAUGAUGUAGACUUAGUUAAAUUGAGUGCUGAGAGAAAGAAAAGGGCCAUGCAGGCAAUGACCGCCUUGAAGAGAGGAAAGUCUCCCAAAAAAACAGAUACCCUAUCGAAGAAAGAGUCGAAGGUCAAAACUGAGCAUUCAAACUCUGACGGUUCUGAUGAUGAUGCCAUGGCCUUCAAUUUCAAGAAAGAUGAUGGCAUUCGUUUUGGACAUGUUAGUAGUGAAGAAGUAAGUGACGAGGAUCUUGGGGAAGAAGUUGCAGAUGAGCGUAGAGCAAAUAAAUCGGUGGCUUUGAAGUCCAACCAUGUAGAUCAGUUGAACGUGCCUCAAAUAUCGGAAAGCGAAGAUUCUGACUAUGACAUUGACCGCGAUGCAUACUUCAAGACAAUAGAAUCGGAUAAUGAAAAUGUCACUGGUUUCGAAACAGGAUUAGAAACAGGAGAAGACGAUUUGCCCAUUCUCGACGAAGAAGAGCAAAAUAUUGUAAUGGAAUUGGAAAAUGCUGAUGAUUUGUCUUUUGACGGUAGUAUACAUGAGGAAGGUGAAGAUCCCGUUGAAGCUGCUCAGAAUGGCAAAAUGAAAGCUGGUGAUAAUCAAAGCGUAGACGAUUACGACGAAGAGGAAGACGAUAUAAUGAGUGACCUUGAUAUGCCAUUUUAUGAGGAUCCCAAAUUUGCCAAUCUUUAUUACUGUGCUGGUAGUGAUCAGCCACUGUCGCUAAGCACUUCAUUACCCUUAAUAUUGAAUGACGAAAAGAGAAAAAAACUGGAUAAGAAACAAACUAAAAGACGCGAGCGUGAGGAGCUAGCAAAAAGGAGGAAACAGUUGAAAAGUUUGAGGAAGAGAAAGAGAGACCAUGCCGCAGCCACUGAUGUGGAAGGCGAGGAUUAUCUAUUCAGUGUUUUUUUCCACAGUGAUGAUGGGAAAGAUCACAACCAAGAGUUGGAAUCACAAUUGCGACAGCUUGGUUCUGCUGCUCCUUCAAACACCGAUUAUUCUACUGAUGAAGAGUAUGAGAACAUUCUUUUGGAUAUUGCACACAUACCUACAGAUGAUGAGAGUUUGGAUGGAAUUGGAGGUGAAAUUGAUUUAGAUGACGAGGACUAUGACGAUGACGAUGUCAGUAUGUCUAACGUUUUUAUCGAUAUCGAUGAUUUAGAUCCUGACUCCUUCUAUUUUCAAUAUGAAAGUUCAGAGAGUGAUAGUGAUAUUGGUGGAUCGCACGAUGAUUCCAGAGGUGAGAAAAAGGAAAACAAGCCAAAUGAAGUCGCAGAUAUGGAAACAGUGAUAUAUGUUGAUGAUGAGUCGACUGAUGAGGAUGAAACCUUACCGCCUCCCAACUCUCGCGGUAAAAAGAUUGGGUCAAAGGCUAAGGAAGUCGUGAGUGCAAAUGUUGUAGGCCUGAAGCCUCCUAAGCUAGGUACUUGGGAAACGGAUAAUAAACCCUUUAGUAUCAUAGAUGGCCUUUCUACGAAAUCCCUAUAUCCAUUAUUGCAGGAGCAGCAGAUAUUGGAACAGCAAUUGCAACAGCAACAACUACCAAUGAGCGACUUGAGUGCCGGCGGUGAGAAAGAGGAGCUAACAUUGAAUGAAUUGUUGAAUAUGAGUGAAUUAGAGGAUGAUGAAGGCCCUAAGGCGGCGGUAAAUAGUGAAAUUGCUGUUUCUGAAUGGUAUGACAAGCCCAAAGUUCCGUUAUCGGCUUUUAGAAACAAGGGAAUUGAUGUUAGUCAAGAUGAAGAAUAUAUGGUGCCAGUUUUCUCUGCAAGAAAAUUUCCUAUUGGUUAUGUUGGCAGUGAGAGAACUAGGCGGAAGAUUGAUAGAAUGAAAGAGCUACAGAAGAAAAAGAAUGAAGAGAGAAGGAAAUUUAAGAAGAAAAAAAAGUUAUUGAAGUUAAAAAGAGAACGAGAGAGGUUGGAGAAAGAGAGAGCUUUGAAUGGGGAUGUGGUUACUGCGAAAGAAGGUGACACACCAGCAAGUAACACUUUACUAAGCCUAUCAUCCCAGCAUGAACCUGAAAAUCCAGCCGCUUUGGUCUUGCCAAGGAAAGAUUCGAUCAAGGGCUUCGAUCUUGAUGCCAUCAAUAAUCUUCUCAAUCGCGGUGAUACUGAUUUAAUUCCACAUGUUGAAAAUGGCAUUGAUCUGUUGGAAAAUGAAGAUGCAGAUAUCUUGGCUUCUCUAACUGCUCCAGUGAAUAUUGACACACUUGACGGUAAAAGCAUGACAACUGGGGCAGUGUGGCGGAGAAGGCAGAGUAUCGUGGAAGCGGCAGCUGAAAAUCUCCGGUUUACGAAGAGUGGUUUGUUCAGUGAAAGCGCAUUGGCAGAUCUGGAUCAAAUUAUUGGGACUUCAAAUGGCUCACUCAUUGAGUUUAAUGAUAUACUACAGUAA